CCACACACACACACACACUCAGCUGACUCUUCUGACAUGUUUCUGUCUUGAACAGACUUCUUCUUCUUCUUCUUCUUCUUCUUCUCCAAACCUCCUCGCGGUUCUUCCGGUUCUAAACUUCACCGGGGUGUCGGUGUGGGCCUGUCCGUGUCUCGGCUGCUGUUCCGGAGCUCCAGGACUUCGUCGGCCCGGGUCGGUGACUCUCCUUCCGUUUGGAAAAGUUCCCGGAGCCCCGGAGGAGCGGCGCGGGGAGGGGUGGGGGGGCCGUUACUCCUGGAGAUUUACCGGCGGGGAUCGAGCCCUGACACCGGGCAUUAAUCAGCGGAGCUCCGGAGCUGCGGACACAAGCGGAGGAAGAGGGUCCGUGGAAGAUACCGGGACACCACAGAACCCAGGUCCGGGUCCGGGUCCAGCCCCGCCCCCUCCUCCAGUCCUGGACCGGAUCAUCCAACAGACUCCGAGCGGAACCGUCCGGAACCCGGUCCAUGGCAUCCUUCAUCUUCUUUCUCCUCUUCCUCUUCAUCAUUUUGGGGGGAACGACGCCGGCGGUUGGUCAGUCCAGCGACCAAUCAGAGUGUUAUGACUGGGGCGAGUCCAGUGAAAGUGCAGUCGCAGUGAUGGAGGCGGAGUCUGGGUGGUUGUCCUGCCCCCUCUUCUCUCACCCAUCUGUCUACAACUACUCGUCCACCCAGAACCCCGGACACAACCUGUUCUGGUACCGCCUCCCUGAAGGACAUGACCUGGAGCAGCCAAUCACAUACAGCUCUCGGAUCAGUAAAGACAGAGAGAGACUGUGGCUUCAGCCGGCCCUCGCCAAUGACACCGGACACUACAUCUGCAUGCUCCGUAAUUUGUCUUCGUGUUCGAAGAUCGCCAUGCGUCUGAAGGUGCUGCGGCGAGACGACGUGGUCCCUGGCAACAGCUGUUUACCUGCCGUUGCUAUGGCAGCCACUCCGGUCAUGAUCCCCCUUCAGCAGGGAGCUAAAGUGGACUGCCCCGACCUGCAGAACGCCAACAAGAUGGCCGACGGCGAGCCCACCGUCACCUGGUUCCAUGGUUGUAACAAGUUUCCUUUUGGCAGCAGUGACCGUCAGCUGAAAGGCGUGAGUCUGCAGGUCCAUGUGAUGAUGGACCACUACCAGGGUUUAUAUUACUGCAGGGUCCAGUACCAGAGGAGAGGACAAACCCUGAACUUCACCAGGAUGCUCAACAUCACCGGCAUCUACCCCGACUCCCUGCCCAAAGUACCCAGCAUCCUCCAGCCCACCAAAGACAAGGUCCUCAUCGUCCGACAGGAUAAGGAGGUGCGCCUGGUCUGCAGAGGCCUGUUCCCAUAUGUGGACUCACCCUGGGACAUCUGGUGGACCGUCGACGGGAAGACGGUGGAGCAGCUCAACGACAGUCGAUUCUCCAAAGUCAAAACCAGGCAGGUGAAGUACGACUACGGCGACCGCCAGGAGGAGAGCGUCCUGGUCAUCCACGACUUCCAGGCUGACGACAGGAACAGAGAGUUCAACUGCUCCGUCAAGAACGGCCGUGGUUUUGAGACGCGCCGAGUUCGCCUGGACGUGGAGGUGGUGCUGCCGUCGGUCGAGCUGGGAUGUGGACUCGGGGUCACUCUGGUCCUCAUGCUGCUUCUGUUCGUGGUUUAUCACAUCUUCUGGCUGGAGCUUCUGCUGCUCUAUCGCUCCUGGUUCGGCACCGAUGAACGCCAUACAGAUGAUAAGGAGUUCGACGUCUACAUCUCGUACGCCAGGAACAGCGAAGAGGAGACGUUUGUUCUGUCCACGCUUCGCCGGGUUCUGGAGAACGAGCUCGGAUAUUCUGUGUGUAUCUUCGACAGGGACAGUCUGCCUGGAGGGACCAUCACAGAUGAGACUCUGAGUUUUGUGGCCCGUAGUCGGCGCCUCCUGGUGGUGGUGAGCCCAGGUUAUGCGUCCCAGGGCUCCCAGGCCCUGCUGGAGCUGAAGGCUGGGAUCGACAGCAUGGCGCUGGGGGGGCACCUACGGGUAAUCCUGGUCCAGUACAGGCCGCUCCAGCGGCAGGGCUGGGUCAGGGAGCUCCGAGGGGCCCGGGUGGCCCUGGCCCUGGUCCGUUGGCAGGGGGACAAAUCCGAGGACCUGACGUCCCACUUCUGGAAGAGGCUGAGGGUGGAGUUACCUGUGCGUAGGGUCAACAGUAAGGAGGAGGGGGGCAGUGGUAAGGACGUAGCUCUGAUGAGGCUCAGCAGUCAGAACAGCACCAACUCCCAGACAGGACUGAUCAGCAACACCGUCAAACACCCGGAAAACGUCUACAACUACGCCGCGUAGCAGGGCGAUGAAACCGCCACCGAGAACCGGACCAACGCAGAAAAUGCAUCAGCCUUUACCUGUAAAAA